AUGACUCCAGCAAAUAAUGGAAGUGCCAACUUAUCUAGUGUAAAAUGUACGAACUCGGCUGCCAAGGAUAAACAGUUUUGGUUGACAAUCGUGUCUGUUUACAUAAAUUACGGUUCAAAUAAUACAAGCUUAGAUAUGAUGUUUAUCGAUGUUGUUAUCCACUCGGGGCAAGCACCACUUAAAUUUUCGAAAGAUAUGACUAGGCAUGAAAUCUAUGAUGUUUAUAUGAAAGUUCCUGAAAAGUCGAUACAUCUGAGACAGAUUAAAGAUCUGUUUUAUGCAAACAAAGAUACUAACUAUAAUAUCCCUUCCACCAUCUUGGUGAUUGGACGUCCUGGGAUCGGAAAAACUGUUUUGACCAGGAAAAUUAUGUACGAUUGGGCAAAAGAUGAUGAUAAAAUUUAUCACAAUAGGGUCGCUUUCUACUUUAAAUUCCGAGAAUUCAAUUUCCCUGAGAUGGAAGUCAUAACGAUUAAAAAAUUUCUACAGUUUGGAACCGAACUAAAUGAAGAUGAGUUUGAAGCAAUGUCUCUUUUUGUCAAAAUCUUGUCGGGCGAUAUGUUACCAGGAGCAACAGUUUUGGUGACCAGCAGGCCAAUUGUUAAUGAUGUUUUGUGCAAACUUCAUUUUGGAAGAACUGUUGAAAUUAUCGGCUUCACAUCUGAUAAAAUAGAGCAGUAUGUAAAACAGUUCUGCGCUAAUCAUAACAGGUGUGAUCUAGAAGCAACAAUGCUGAGUCAUAUCAAAUCAUCUUCUGAAGUGAAGAAUUUAUGCUACAUUCCAGUGAAUUGUUUUAUUGUUUGUGUUACUCUGUUCAAAUGUCUCAUUGACUCAGAGGGUGAUACUGGUGCUCUACCAACUACUUUGACUGAACUGCACCAGUUGGCCUUAGUGUACUUUAAUACGCAUCAUGACCGAAAUCAAAGCAAAGAAGUUUUAAAGCAACUUCAACAGUUGGCUUUCAAUGGUAUGAAAAAUGAUGAACUGAUUUUCAGUGGCGAACUAGUCGAUGAGAAAAUGAAAGAUUCAGGAUUACUAAACUUUUUACCUAAUCCAAUUUUUCAAAUUCAAAUACAAGUUUGCUUUAUUCAUUUAACUAUACAAGAAUUUCUCGUAGCGAAGCAUAUAGUGGAAACAAAAACACCUGAAGAUAUAAAAGAAUUUAUAUCUUCGCAAUUCAAGCAUGGCAGAUGGCAUCUAGUGCUUCAAUUUCUUGCUGGAUUAUUGGCAGUGAAAAUUAGAACAUCUGAUGACUCUCAUGAAUAUAGAAGCUGUAUGUGGUCGUUCAAGAAAUAUCUUGAGAUUCAAGGCACUAGGUGCGAAAUUCGACCAAAUCAUAUUUUGGUGAUGAAAUGUUUGAGAGAAGCGCAGAAUGAAAAUAUUGCCAGAGAAAUUGCGACAUCUAUUUUGAAAGAUGUGACUGAGAUAUCAUGUCCCUACCAUGAAGCAUCAUUGCUUUCUUCGAGCGAUGUAACAGCAGUUGUGUUUCUUUGCAAGCAUAUGAAGAUUUUAAAUAGUUUAGAUGUGAAGUAUUUAUCCAGUUUGGAUUGUUCGUUGGAAUUGUUGAAAUUACUCCAAGGAAGAUGCAUGAAAUCACUCAACAUUGUUGGUUGUCAUCUUGGUGACUUGGGUCUAGAGCGUCUUGGUGCAUUAUUGAAAUCUGGAUGUCUGGUGAAUCAUGAGUAUUCCAUAAGUCACCACGUUGAAUCUUGGACGAAACACUAUUACUGCUGCUGCUGUUCUCUAACUGAAAAAUGCAUGUCUGCGUUGUGCCGCGCUCUUGAUGAAGAACAUCGUGGAUUAAAAACAUUAAACCUUAGUAGCAAUGAUAUUAAGGAUGAAGGUUUAGACAUCUUGUGCAAUGUUAUUGGAAAGGAAACAUGUAACCUAACAGAGUUGCAUCUUUCCGGCUGUUUUUUAACGAGAAACUGUAUGUCCACGUUGAUCCACGCUCUUCAUGAAGAACAUUGCACGCUAGAAGUAUUGAACCUUGGAUUCAACGAUUUAGACAAAUGUGUUCCGAUCUUGUGCAAAGCUCUCGGAGAUGAGGGAUGUAAGCUCACUCAUUUGGAUGUAAGUAACAAUGGAUUCAAGGAUAAACAUUUACCAUUACUUGCAAGCACUCUUGGACUUCGAAGUUGUUGUCUUCGUCGUUUGAAUAUUGGGAGAAAUAAGAUCACUGAAGAAGGUGUGAGGUUGCUUAAAGAGACCUUAGGAACACGUUUAGACAUCGUGGUUUAA